AAUGUACGAUUUCAGCACAUGGAAACUUUUCAGCAAAAUGUGUAUAAAUUAAGUUGUUAUUUUCUCUGGUGGAAUACAUGUAACUGCCUUAUGUCAGAAAUUCAGAAUGAUUCUUUACAGUUAUAAAGAACAGGUUUUAUGAUCCUACUUAUUUAAAAAGUUAUAUAUAUGCAUCUUGCAGUUUUAAGAUAUCACUGUAUGCCUUGAUGAGCCUCAUUUUGAAGAUCCCAUCUGCAUGGUGGAUUUUAGAGAAGUGUGAUAAUUCACAUUUAACUGCGUUAAUCUACUUAAUCUAAGAUCUGAGAUUAGAUUAGAUUAGACAGGUGCAUCCUAUGGUAAAUAGUGAAAUAUAAAGAAAGGGUCAGAGUGCUCCAGAAACUGAACAUUUAUGGCUCCCGGAUGAGAACCAGACCGUAAAUAAGUGAAGUAAUCUUGUUUUCUCUUUUUCCUGAUUCUAUUCACUUUUAUGUUCUCCUCUGUGGCUUUGUUCAUAGCAGAGAUAUUGAUCCAGACCGUGACCCCGCACAUACACUCUCACUAAUUACAAAUGUUCACGGUGACCCCAUUCUGGAAGCUAAAAUACCCCAGCUAGGCAUGCAGUGUAUGUAACUAAUGGGGAAAAACAACAACAAAAUCUCAGCACAACGCCUCUGAGAGGUUACCAAAGAGCUGUUGAAUUAGAAAAAUGUAAUACUUGAAAAAAGGCACUUGUGAGUCAUGAAGCAAGCGUGAGUCUUUGUCAACACCACAAAACUGAGGUUUCCACCAAAAUAGUCCGUACACAUAGGCAACGGUAACGGAAUAUUGAGUAUUUUAGUGCUUCCUGUUUAUUCGGCCUUGUGGAGUCUUUGCGUUUACUUUUUGGGCAGUUGCGAAAAAAAGUGACGUCAGAGCAAAAGUAAGAGACUAUUUGUCAAACAGGCACAGCGUCUUGCGCAAGUCCUGUAAAUGUGACAACUUGGAUGUUUUCUUGACUUCGGCAGUGAGAGAGAAACCAGAGAGAGUCUCAGCAAUUGUUUUAUUAUCCAUACUGCAGCAAUAUGAAGAACUCUGUGUGAAUGAAGAAGCCAGUAAUACUGUUGUGAGCCAUCCCCUCCUUCCCCUCCCUCUUCCCCCCCACUGUCCUCUCCACUCUGGACCGCUCCUCCGGGCAUGCUACUUAAGCCAAAGUAUGGCCGCUUCCGGAACGACUCUGUGACCUCCUCCGACGACCUGAUGCAGAGCCUAACCAUGAGCAGGAAGGUGGUGGCCACGCCGUUGGCCUCCUCAUCCACACCUGGCUUGGAGCUGCCGCCCCUGGAGAUCGCUGCCCUUCCCCUGCCUUCAGCCCAGGUGCUGGCCGACUCACCCGGGCUGGACGGCGAGCAGGACAGCACCACCACCUUCUGCAUGCUCAUUCCUAAGAUGCCCCAGUGGAAGUUCUCCAAUUCGUUGCUCAGCCGUAGCCCGUCCAAUAGCAGCUCCAGCUCUAAUUCCAGCAAGGAUUCCGGCAGGGCGCCUCCGACCGAUAGUUCCCCUGCUGGGGGGGCGACUGCUGCCAGUGGUCCUGUGGCUAGUCUUGCAGCUGUGUUCAACUCCUGUGACCCUGUUUGUGUGGGCCCAUGUUCCCUACAGGCCGCCAGGAGACAGAGGGCCAGUCCGAGAGAGUCCAGCGCAGGGGCCGUCGAGGGGAGUCCAGGGGGCUCUGGGAACUUCAGGACCGGGAUGAACCGGAGGACCAGGGUAGAGGGAAUGUGGCUGGGAGAUAACUUCACCCAGAAGGGCAGCUUCGUCAACAAGCCCUCACAGGGGUGGUUGCACCCAGACAAAAAGAUCAGCAGCACGGGAGCUUCGUACAUCGUUAGGUACAUGGGCUGCAUUGAGGUUCUGAAAUCAAUGAGAUCUUUGGACUUCAACACUAGGACACAGGUCACAAGGGAGGCCAUCAACAGGUUGUGUGAAACUGUACCUGGAGGAAAAGCUGCCUGGAAGAAGAAAACCACCAAUAAAACCCUCCAGUCUGUUAUGGGGAAGAGUAACCUACGUUUUGCUGGAAUGACCAUCGGUGUCAACAUCUCUAUUGAUGGCUUGAGUCUCCUCGUCCCCACCACACGACAGGUGAUUGCCCAUCACCCCAUGCAGUCCAUAUCUUUCGCCUCUGGUGGAGACUCGGAUACACCUGAUUAUGUCGCUUAUGUGGCCAAAGACCCUGUCAAUCAAAGAGCAUGUCACAUACUGGAGUGCGGUGACGGUCUCGCUCAGAAUGUGAUCAGUACCAUCGGCCAGGCUUUCGAACUGCAGUUCAAACAGUACCUACACAGCCCGCCCAAAGCAAUUCCCACCAUGGAUAGGACCAUACGAACAGAAGAGUCAGCGUGGGGUGAUGACGAGGAAACUUCCGAGCACGAUUACUACAACAGCAUCCCAGGAAAGGAGCCUCCUGUGGGGGGAGUGGUGGACUCUAGGCUCAGGCCUCCUGCCGGCCUACUGGGACACGUCCAUACGCAACCACAGAGCAAAACCGCUCAGACGGGGUCACCAGCCAGAAGAGAUGCAGACAGCCUCUCUGCCGCCCAGUUAUGCUAUGAAGUGCACUGGGACACGGAGAACAACAGCAGCUCAACUUUGACUUCCGAUGGUUACCUCCGAGCAGACGGUCAUCCUAUAGGUAGCCGCGAUUACGAGGAGCAUCUGUAUGUAAACACCCAGAAUCUGGACAACAUGGAGGCCUCAGUGGAUGCCCGAGGAGGACGCAGAUCCGAUAGUCCAAAGAAAGACAUUUUUGAUAUGAGGCCAUUUGAGGACGCCCUGCGUCUGCACGAGGCUGGAGGAGUUUGUAUAUUGGAGGACAAGUGGCCUAGUCCUCCGCGGCGCCGGGCCCCCGUCGCCCCCACGGAGGACCAACUGCGGCGGGAGAUGUGGUACCAUGGCCGCAUGAGCCGCAGGGACGCAGAGAAUCUGCUGGGCCGAGAUGGAGAUUUCCUGGUGCGGGACAGCGCCACUAACCCGGGCCAGUAUGUGCUGACUGGGAUGCAGUGUGGGCUUCCCAAACAUCUGCUGUUGGUGGAUCCUGAAGGAGUGGUUCGGACUAAAGACAUGCUUUUUGAGAGCAUCAGCCACCUGAUCAACUACCACCUGACUAACAAGCUGCCGAUUGUUGCAGCAGAGAGCGAGUUACACCUCCAGCAGGUGGUCUGCAGAAAGCCCAUAUAGAGUACAUGGGUGCAAAGCUGUCCCCUGUGCUGCCAAUCUAGAGGCCCCACACUAUUGCCUUAAACAGACUCUGAGCUUCCACUGGGACUUGUGGGAUAUCGCUGUUCCUUAGGGACUGACCCCAAACAGCUUUCAGCAUGUCUUGCUCAAUCCACCCCUUCUUCAACAGAGGAGAACCCAAUUGAGAGUUUUGCAUUGGGAAAUGAAGUGCUUGUGAACACUUUUCCCCAGGGGACUGUUCUUGGCAUUGCCUGUCAGAAAUGUGAACUUACUGUAUGUGAAACACAUGAGACUGAUUCCCUUCCUUUACAUCCAUAUGAGCGCUCGUCGUCAGUGAGCUGUUGUUUCUAAAUGUGAUGUAUUCAGUAACCGUGGCUCUGAUCUUCUCUGAUGGUCACCUCUGAGACUCUGAACUUCAUUGUGUUGUGCUUCCCAGCGGUUUGCUCUCAGGAUGCAGUAUUCGUUAAGGUCGUUGUAUAAAGCUCAUAAGCUCAAAUGCAGUCGUAUCAAAUGCACAUGUUUAAUUUAUGAACUCAGGACCAAACGUUUGGGUCAUGCUCAUGUGAUAUUGCCCUUUAGUGAUUCAGACAUCCAUUAUACUUCACAAAUAUUCAAUUUCUUUUUGUGUUUAGUCACAAACAAAUACAAACAAUGUGUACAGUUUUGUUUAAAGGUGCAUUCAGUGGUUUUUUCGUGCUCAUUAAAAAAAACGUGAUCACAUAAACAAAACAUAAGUGUAAAUUUGCGGGCAAAGAAGGUUUGCAAAAUUUGGGAAAUGUUUCACCUAAAAGUGCGAGACAUUUACAAAAAAUCUGCCAAUUUUAGUGGAAUGGUGUGUGCAUACCAAAAGCGACUCAAAUAUUUGCAUCGUGUUACUCCCUCUAGAUUACACACAGUAUGUUUUACGUGUCAUUAAUGCGAAUAAAAUCAUUGCAAAAUGCUCUCUCUGAUACAACUGGAUGUGUCAGACUGGAUUAUCAAUCGCUGAUUGACUUGCACGACAACGCAAAUUUACCUUUCCAGUUGAAAUUUUCAACUUGCACGGAAGACUCUAUUGAGGCAUAUAUUGCACGGUUCAUAGAAAUCGCACCGCCCGAGAGAAUCUGCUUCUAUUGUUGUCUUUGCAUUGACUUUGUAUGUAAUCUACUCAUGCGAAUAAUACUUUUGGUGUGCACACACCAUUACUUGAAAAUUUCCCACUUGAGUUGAAAAUGUAAAUAUUUCAAAUUAAGCAGAAAUCACGAUUGAGACAAAUCGUGUUCACCGCGAUUGCUUCGCUCAUUUCACAUCAUUCGUAAAUUUGCAAAUCUGCAUAUAUUCGCUAUUGACAAUAGUAAAUUUUCCUCCAAAAAUGUUGAUGCUAAUUGCUAAUGCAUCCCUUGCUAACUUUAUUAUUGGACCCCAAAAAAGCUAAUUCUCACAAUCCUGUAGAUACGCUAGUAGCGAAGUGUGGUCUGGUGAUGUGAAAAGCAAAAUAAGACAAUGAAACUUAAUGUGCUUCACCAGUGAAGAUAACAGGAGAAUCUGUCCAUGUACAACUGAAACAAAUACAAAAAAACACAGCAAACAUCGGUAUACACAAGUAGAAAGAUUUGAUGAUGCGAAAAAGCGUUUAACACCAUGUGGCUUUGGUACUAAAAAGUACACAAAAAACAGCAAUGCUAACGCUUGCUAGCUACUGAAUGCACCUUUUAAAAUCCUCACAUGUAUUAUUUUGCUGUUUAUCUCGACACAAAACUCAAACACAAACAUAUAUAUAUAUAUAUAUAUAUAUAUAUAUAUAUACACACACAUAUACACACACACACACACAUUAUGAUAGAUAGUUCGUAAUGUCAAACCAUCUUAUUUCAACCUAAAAGCUGCUUUCCGGAGAAAUGUUAUCAACUGAAACCUGCCUCUAUAAAUGUAAAAAUAUUCUACUUGUAUAAAAAGAAGAGUCUGGCUCAGUACGGUGUAUAAAGAACCACAUUUUUGUGUCUCAUCCCACUAUCCAAAAAUGAUAUUCCAGUGCCUUAAAAGUGUUUAUUUUUACUUUAAAAAUCCUUUCACUUACUUGGGGUUUAUACAUCCUUUCUGCAUCCUUGUUUGUGUUAUUAACAUCUUGUAUGCCAGCAGCUACAUUUGGUAUAGCAUAGCACACUACUCUAUCAGAAUAUGGCAGAAAUAGAAAGAAUAGCCAGGGUCUAGUUAGCAUAUUUCAAUUAGAGUCAGAUAAUAGAUGCUGUAGAUACAUCAUUUGGGUCCAAAAAGCAUCUUUAUCCACUGACAAGCAUUUAAAAGUAUCCAUGAGUUUUUGUAAACAACAUAUAAAUCACAGAUGUUUCAAAACGCAUACUUACAAGGCUCAUGCUCCAGUCUAGCAACUGACAUUGAGAUAAAUGUGUAUGCUAGCAGCUAACUGUCUCCAGGUAUUCUAGACCUCAUUGCCACCACGAAAACAACUUUACUUUCUCAGGAUGUUGCUUCUCCAUGCUCUGUUACUCUGGUCUAAAAGCAUUCUCAAUAAAACUGAACAGGAAGGGAAAAGUUAA